AUUAUGAACCCUUGAGGUCAUAUGCUUCGAAUGCCAAGGCCGAAAAAGCCAAACCGACUCCCUUUGGAGUUUAUGAAUGUACCUUUUUCCAAACCCAAAGGCGAAAAUGUAUAUAAAACAUGCUCUGAAGUUUAUCCGGAAGUAAAAAGAGCACCUACUAAUGACGCCUACUUUUGGUUUGAACCAUGCUUCAAUACAGUAAAAGUUGAAAAGAAGCGAUCAACAAACAGGAGUGCUUCGAGUGCCCGUCAACAUUUACCAGAGUUACAAUUUUUACUAAAUUGGCCAACUCCGACCAACUCGAUAUCUCCUCUCACAAAACAGAAAUCCUGUCCGUUGUUCCCUUUGAAAUCUCCUGAAGUACUUACUCGGAAAGUUGUUGUGUUAGUUGAAGAGACUCCUGAAAGUACUGAUCGUAUGACGCGAAGAUAUGCAAAGUGUGAGUUAUUUAUUGUACGAUUUUUAUCUGUAUCAUGUUUAAUAAGAAGGGGAUAUACUCCUCUUCCUCACUUAGACGGUUAUGGAUUUUAAACUGAAGGAAGUUAACCAUUACAACUGAUUAUGAGUUUACGUAUAAUUAAGCUUCAUUGUAUAUCGUUCUUAAAGUAAUACUCAUGUAGUUUUUCUUUUAUUAGAUAAUUCCACGGUUAACGCUUUGUCUGAACAAUUAUCUGGAUGCACCGAAGAUAUGUUAAAGCUGACAAUUAAAAAAUGACAUUUCAUUUCAUAUAUCUUUUUGAUUUCGGCAUUUGGGUAAAUGUAUAAUCACCUCCUUUCUCACCUCAUGUGCCCUUUUUUUAAUAAAUAAGUCUUUUUUU